AAAAAAAAAAUCUUCAGGUUCCGGGGUGUCCUCUCAAUAGAUGCUUUAUGCACUAAAGCAAGUGUCUCGGAGCGUGUUCCCUCAACCCCCUGAGAACUCUAGAACGAUUCUGGGUUGAGGAGGCUCCAUGAAGCCAGCCAAGGCCCACAGGAAGAAGCUGAGGGCCGAGGGCUCGGAGACGGAGCCCACCCCCUCCCAGAGACAUCAACGCAGCAGCAUGGAAACCAAGCAGCUUCACAGUAGUGCCAUGGAAACCAAGCAGCUUCACAGUAGUGCCAUGGAAACCAAGCAGCUUCACAGUAAUGCCAUGGAAACCAAACAGCUUCACAGUAAUGCCAUGGAAACCAAACAGCUUCACAGUAACGCCAUGGAAACCAAGCUGCCUAACUGCAGCACCAUGGAAACUGCAGCACCUAAGGCAGUUCCUAUGCACAGUGAGUCUUCUCCCAUCAAUGCAAGGGCCCCCCGGAGAAUCACCGAUGCAGAUGCAGACGCUGACUGGUCCUCAGAUGAGGGCCCUCCCCCUGACGACAGCCCCACCCAUGGCCACAGCAUGGACGAGGACUCUCUGUCAGAGUACGACAACGUGGGCUCGGAGGAGGAGGAGGGGCCGGACUACGACGAGGACGAAGAGCUGCGCACGGAUGCGGACGGCAUGACCUACUACGUGCACUGCUGCCCAGAGGACGAGAGCUACAUGGAGGGCAUGGACUGCCACGAGGGGGCAGACACGGGAGAGGGGCCCAGUGCGGACCGCGCACCGGACAGAACCACCAGCGCCAGCGACACCGCUGCCAGCAGAACGGUCAGCCAGGCUGUCCAGCAGGACCCAGAGGCGUGUGUCUACAAACACCCGGAACCAUUGACCGAGCCCACCUUCGUCCAGGCUCCCAUGGCCGAGGAUGAGGAGGACGAGGAGGAAGAGGAGGAGGAGGAAGAAGAUGACUACUUCCCCUAUGAAGGAGAGGAGGCUGAGGAGGACCAGGGGGGAGACCGGGGAGGCGCAGGGGGCAGGCCAGGGGUGCGCGGGGAGGAGGGAGGAGAGGAGGAGGAGGAGGAGCAAUGCAACAGGACUGAGGAGCAGGAGCAAGAGCCAGGGGGCCCUUACAGAGGACCACAGAGCGCCUGCACACACACACGUGACACACACACACGUGACGCACAGCCCUGCAGUAUAACACCACCUUAUGACAGCUGCACAGGCGAGAGCGAGGAAGAGGGGGAGGAGGAGGAGGAGGCGCAGGCCUGCCCAGCCCGGCGUGUCCGAGCGGAGCGGAGGGUGGCGGGUCGGGGUUGUAGCCCCAGAGCCCAGUCAGCCGGUGAGGAGUGUGGCACAGACGGGCACCACCACACCAGCCCCCAGGGCACGGGGCAGCGUCGGGGCUCAGAGGGCAGCCGCUGCCACGUGGAGAGACACUCGCCCAGCCCAUGCCGCCGCGCAGAGCUGGACCGCCAGCACCACACACACACUGACCCCCACAUGUAUGCUGAGGACCACACACACAAUGAACUACACACACACAUUCAGAGUCACACACACGCUGACCCUCAUAUGUACGCUGAGGACCACACACACGUUGAGUACCACACACACAUUAACCCCCAUAUGUACGCUGAGGACCACACACACGUUGAGUCCCACACACACACUGAGUGCCUCACACACACUGAGGACCUCACACACACUGAGGACCACACACACACUGACCGCCACACACACGCUGAGGGUCUCUACCGUGGGCGCGCUGAUGGUGGGCAGGGCAUGAGGAGCCGUCCGUACCCACGACCCCGAGACGCAGAACGCAGGUCAUGGCACAUACAGGGGCACGAGCCAAGGCCAGAGGUCACCGUGGACCUGGCUGAUGAAGUCAGGAGGUCACUGAGCAUGGGUCGGCACAUGGAGAGGUCACAUGACCCGAGGGUGACCUCUGAUAGGCCCAGAGGCCGCUCGCAUCACCCCCGACCGGUCAGCCUUCCGCUGGUGCUCGCCGAUGACCUGGAGAGGGCGUCCGCCAACCUGCCCCCACGCGGCCGGAACAGACAGCGCCAGUCCGCACACUUCCCUGACCGUGCCAGCCCACAGCACCUCUACUCACAGCCGAACCCAGAACCAACAGAACCAACAGAACCCAACAGAACCGAGAGCAACCACAAACCACCACAGCCAGCAAAGAAGAAUGCCUCCUUUCCAAGCUUUGUGGAUGUUCCAGGGCCCUGUGAGCCCGAGGAUCUGGUCGACGGGAUAAUUUUUGCUGCCAAUUACCUCGGUUCCACCCAGCUCUUGUCGGACCGGAACCCGUCCAAAAGUGUCCGCAUGAUGCAAGCUCAGGAAGCUGUGGAACAAGUCAAGAGUUCAAAUGAAGACAAUCAGAGCCUGAUUGAAGUGGAUCUUUUCAUCUCCACAAAGGCCAUCAAAGUGUUAAAUGCAGACACACAGGAGACGAUCAUGGACAACGCGCUGCGCACAAUCUCGUACAUCGCGGACAUCGGGAGCGUGGUGGUGCUGAUGGCCCGUCGGCGGAUGUCGCAGUCGGCUUCGCUGGACUGCACUGACCCCGCAGGUGGUGCUGCAGACAGCAGGAAGCAGUAUCGGAUGGUCUGCUACGUCUUCGAGUCUGAGGAUGCCCAGCUGAUAGCCCAGUCCAUCGGUCAAGCGUUCAGCAUGGCCUAUCAGGAGUUCCUGCGGUCCAACGGCAUCAACCCAAAGGACCUCAGCCAGAAGGAAUACAGUGACAUCAUCAACACGCAGGAGAUGUACAACGACGACCUCAUUCACUUCUCCAACUCAGAGAACUGCAAAGAGCUGCACAUAGAGAAGCUGAAGGGAGAGAUGCUGGGGGUGGUGAUCGUGGAGUCUGGUUGGGGUUCCAUCCUGCCCACGGUGAUCCUGGCCUGCAUGCUGAACAGUGGACCGGCCGCCCGCUCGGGGAGGCUCAGCGUCGGAGACCAGAUCAUGGCCGUCAACGACACCAGCCUGGUGGGACUGCCCCUCGCCACCUGCCAGAGCAUUAUCAAGGGCCUGAAGAACCAGGUGCAGGUGAAACUGAGUGUGGUGAGCUGCCCUCCCGUUACUACAGUCCUCAUCAAGCGGCCCGACCUCCAGUACCAGCUGGGCUUCAGCGUGCAGAACGGCAUAAUAUGCAGUCUGAUGCGGGGGGGCAUUGCGGAGCGUGGGGGCGUUCGUGUGGGACACCGCAUCAUCGAGAUCAACGGGCAGAGUGUGGUGGCUAUGGCCCAUGAGAAGAUUGUCCACGCCCUGUCUGUGUCUGUCGGAGAGAUUAACAUGAAGACCAUGCCAGCGGUCAUGUUCCGCCUGCUCACCGGACAGGAGACGCCCGUCUACAUCUGACUCCUGACAAUGCUCCGCUGGGGUUGGACCACUGAGAGCCCCUCCCACCUCUUGCCAUGACAACGCUGUGCUGGGUUUGGGCCACUGAGAGUCCCUCCCACCUCUUGCCAUGACAACGCUGAUUGGGCCCUCGCCUCACCGGCAUCUGUGAUUGGGGCCUUCCCCUCACCGUGAUCUGUGAUUGGGCCUUCCCCUCACCGUGAUCUGUGAUUGGACCUUCCCCUCACCGUGAUCUGUGAUUGGGCCUUCCCUCGCCGUGAUCUGUGAUUGGGCGUUCCCGUCACCGUGAUCUGUGAUUGGACCCUCCCCUCACCGUGAUCUGUGAUUGGCUAGGGUGUGUUAGUGCCAGGUCAGGUUGUCAGUGCCCAGUCAGUAGUUAGCUGGAAGAGACUGCAGCCCCACAUCCAGUAUCCCCCACAGGCAUCAGAGAGCCGUCCCGCAUGUGCAGCAUGCUUGCUCGCCUGACCACAGCAAAGCGACCACACACUUCAUCAUCAUUAUUUUUUUAACAAGCAGGGACGCAGGUGGAAAUGUUUAUUUUUCAACGAGAACGAGGCUAUGAUGUAAAUAAUGACUUGGGUGGGUUAAGUCCACUGAUGACUCCACUAGUAUUUGUGGUUUGGAUAGGAUAUUGAUCUAUGCAGUGUGUGUGUGUGUGUGUGUGAACCGGACAAAUGUGAGAAGCUGCAGAAGUCCAAAGAGAGUGUGAGGGUGUCCGGAGCUCAGUGUGUCAUGUCAUUACGUUAGAAACACACCAACUCACUGAGCAGGAUGACUGCAAUGGGAGUCAUACUAACACAACAGUCCCUGUUGUGAUAGCAUGGGUUCCAGGAAAAUGGCAAUACAUAAUGAACUAGAGUGUUUGACUGUGUGUGUGUAUGUGUGUAUACUGUAUGUGUGUGUGUCUUGUAUAUGCCAUGUAACUGCAUGAAAAUGAUGACUGUGUCUGAUGGUCCACACAUCAUCUAGUUAACUUUUCCCACUUCUAUGGUCUGGGUGAAGGCUGGGUUGGUGUGUGAGAGCGACUGGAGACUGAGCACCAGGGACGGACUGGCCAUCUAGCAUAAUGGGCGUUUUCCCGGUGGGCCGACGCACAUUGGUACCGAUUGUAUAAUUUAAUUCGUUUGGCCAAUGAUCAGCCCAAAGCAAGGGUAGUCAGUGGCUCAGUGGUUCCUUUUCAACACUGACACUAGGCUGAUCCAAUACAGGCUCUUGUCGGGCCCCACGCUUAGUGCCAAAAUUCUGUGAGCACAAAAUCGAUAAACCAAGUACAAAUUGCGGCCGGUGGCAAAAAUAACACCAGUGUAGUAGCCUCAGCAGUACCUGACAUUGCAAGUAGCCUAUGUCAGCAACAAGUUGAAGUUGAAGGAGGUAGGCUAUAAGCCUACUACAGAGCAGAGGGACAGUGAGCAGCUGGAGGAAAGUGUAGUUGAGGCUACUCUGUAACCAUGAUUUACAAAAACUCACAUGAAUGGAGCAGGUCUGUGCCACAUGCCAUGAUGACAGUGAUGAUAACGAUGACUAAUACAUUUCGGUAAUAUAAUGGUAAUAACAUAAACAGAAACGCUGAGAUCAAAAUAAAAAGUAUAGCAGUAUAAGUUUGUUAAUGAUUUGCUAACCCAGAUCAAAGCAAUGUUGAUUGUCGGUCAGAUUGCUCGGUUUCCAGCCAAUGACCCAAAGUCAAAGGUCAGUCAACGUAAAGAUGGGCUGAAAACGUGAACUCAUAUGCAAAAGCUUGUGAAGUUAAAUGAGUUCAUGUAGCUAUGCUCUACUGUACUCAAAUGUAGGUAGGAUACAGGAAACAUUUAAUUCCAACAAUUUUCCAUUUUAAUUCCAGCAAUGUAGGUAGUUUACAGGAAACAGGAAAUGUUUUAUUUCACCAAUGUAGGUAGUAUACAGGAAGAAGGAAACAUUUAAUUCCAGUAAUGUAUGGAAAUAUUAAAUAGAUUACGGUUAGACCAACCACAAUCUAUGGGUAAUUUAGCUCUUUAGUUUGGGAACGUGUGCACAUCCAAAUUAAGGUGCAGGAGCCAAAAGUCCAAGAUCCAGUAACAGAGAAGGUCCGCACACUUGCUCUCUGUUUAUUUUAUUUAUUUGGCUUUAAUCCCCACACACGACGUUUCGAGCCCUUCGGCUAAGCUAAGCUAAGCUCUUUACACAUACCGUGUAGAGGUGUUGCUAUGAACUGAUCAUUGUAUAACUUAGUUUAAAUGAAUUGAAUAAUUUGAAAUGAUACUUUAAAUUGUAUUUAUUAUACUUCAAUAUGGAGAUUAUAUGCUCAAAUGCCAACACUUGUCCACUUUCAGUGCUCCAAUUGGAGGGCAUCUCGGCCCAAAUAUGCCAGGGCCCAUCGUUUGUCCCAGUCCAGCCCUGCUGAACACAUAUCACUUGUGUGUGUGAGACUGAGCACACACGUCACUCGUGUCACAGACCAACAGUAACCUGAAGAUUCUCUAUUUUAUUGACCUACAUGCAGGAUAAUAUAAUAUAACAUAAUAUAAUAAUAUACAUAAUAUAAUAUAACAUAACGAUACAUU